AUGCGCCCAGGUGUUCUAGCUGCCCUCCUGCUCAUGAGCUGGACUCACUGUGGGUCCCUGCCCCUUCCCAAUAAUGAUGAGGAGGAUUUGUCUGAGGAAGACUUCCAGUUUGCAGAGCGCUACCUGAAGUCAUAUUACCAUCCCCUGAAUCUCGCUGGAAUCCUGAAGAAGACAGCAGUAAGGUCCAUGGGUGACAGGCUCCGAGAAAUGCAGUCUUUUUUCGGCUUGGAGGUGACUGGCCAACUUGAUGAUAACACCUUAGACAUCAUGAAAAAACCAAGAUGUGGGGUCCCUGAUGUGGGUGAAUACAAUGUUUUUCCUCGAACACUCAAAUGGUCAAAAAUGAAUUUAACUUACAGAAUUGUGAAUUAUACCCCUGACCUUACCCACUCUGAGGUUGACAAGGCUUUCAAAAAAGCCUUCAAAGUUUGGUCUGAUGUGACACCUCUGAAUUUUACCAGACUUCACAAUGGCACUGCUGAUAUCAUGAUCUCUUUUGGAACCAAAGAGCAUGGUGACUUCUAUCCAUUUGAUGGGCCCUCUGGUCUGCUGGCUCAUGCUUUUCCUCCUGGACCAAAUUAUGGAGGAGAUGCCCAUUUUGAUGAUGAUGAAACUUGGACAAGUAGUUCCAAAGGUUACAACUUGUUUUUGGUUGCUGCCCAUGAGUUCGGCCAUUCCUUAGGUCUCGACCACUCCAAGGACCCAGGAGCACUUAUGUUUCCCAUUUACACCUACACUGGCAAAAGCCACUUUAUGCUCCCUGAUGACGAUGUGCAGGGGAUCCAGUCACUCUAUGGCCCAGGAGAUGAAGACCCCAACCCUAAACAUCCCAAAACACCAGACAAGUGUGAUCCAUCCUUAUCCCUUGAUGCCAUUACCAGUCUCCGAGGAGAAAUGAUGAUUUUUAAAGACAGAUUCUUCUGGCGGCUGCAUCCUCAGCAGGUCGAUGCAGAGCUUUUUUUAACAAAGUCGUUUUGGCCAGAACUUCCUAACCGCAUUGACGCUGCCUACGAGCAUCCUUCCCGAGACCUUAUCUUGAUCUUCAGAGGCAGAAAAUUUUGGGCUCUUAAUGGCUAUGACAUUGUGGAAGGUUACCCGCAAAAAAUAUCUGAACUGGGAUUUCCUAAAGAAGUUAAAAAAAUAAGUGCAGCUGUUCACUUUGAGGCUACGGGGAAGACACUCUUCUUCUCAGGAAACCAGGUCUGGAGCUAUGAUGAUACUAAACAUCUGAUGGAUAAAGACUACCCCAGACUAAUAGAAGAUGACUUCCCAGGAAUUGGCGAUAAAGUAGAUGCUGUCUACGAGAAAAAUGGCUAUAUUUAUUUUUUCAAUGGGCCGCUACAGUUUGAAUACAGCAUCUGGAGCAACCGCAUUGUUCGAGUCAUGCCCACAAAUUCCCUAUUGUGGUGUUAA